ACUACCAGAAGUCGAUGGAAGCCAAGCUAUGAAUAGUUGCGUUGUGCAUUGCGUCCAUUGUUUUUGGCAGUAAAGUCGACGACUAAUGUGGCGUACAUUUGCACGGUGAUUAGAUCUAACUCAACAUUCUAAGUCUACCAACAUCAAGCACACUGGACAGUCAUACCAGAGAGACAGGAAGAUAAUUGUUUCUGCUAUAGCUAGUAUUAGUUAUAUAAGUAUGGUAGAUGAUAAGUAUGGUAGAUCUAUUUGAAAACUUAAGAGAAGUAAACUCUCUGUUUAUUUGUCUUCUGGUGACCAGUUUAGUACUUCCAAUAGUCGCAAAAUAUGAAAAUCCGUGUAACGUGGCAGAAACUCUCCCCUAUAACUUAACAAUUACGGAAAUCGACGGCGAAGGUACAGAGUUAUUGAAAACAACACCAGGGGACUUUGUCUGGACACUGGAUUUCUUGAUUGAACCACAGAAAGUGCUGCUACCUUUUUUUAAUCUUACCGCUUAUGGCAAUAAGAUUUUGGUGUUCUACACCUUGUCGCUGACCAGGGCACUGGAUCUUGAGUAUAUAAAAAGGACAUGGAAUAUCGAAUGGAAGACUGUCUAUAUCAAGCUGACUUGCAAAUCAAAUAUGUACACUAAGCCGUUAACCCAUAACAUGAUGAUUAACAUCCUCGAGAAGAAUGAGUUCAGUCCAAGGUUUCACACUUCCAGUUUCGCAGUUCAAGUCAGAGAGAACGCCUAUAUUGGAACACAGGUGAUACGACUGUCCGAGUGGGCAACUGAUGAGGAUGUUACAUUUCUAGAACAAGAAAUCAAAGGAUUUAAUGUUUCCUCCCUGGAGUCAGGGCCUGGGAUCUACUUAAACGAUUAUAUGCAUAUCACCAAUUAUUUGAUGGGGACUCUGGUCACUAAAAAGAAAUUGGACUUUGAACUUUUCACUAGCCUUAGAGGCAUCGUUGUUGUUCAGGACAAUGGAGGUCUGAGAGGCAAGGCAAACUUGACGAUUGACAUUUUGGAUGACGAUGAUACUCCACCUGUGUUUCUGUUUCCUCCGUGUGAGGGCUCGUGUCCAGCAUCCUACUUCGUCAAUGUACCAGAUGAUCAUCGUGGUAUAAUCCCGAACAUAGAACCAGGCCCAAUCCAAGCCAGGGAUGGCGAUACUACGGCGAACAGUAUCCUGUAUACUAUCACUAAAGGUCCAACUGGCUAUGCAGAAUUCAUAUCAAUAGAUGUUAAAAAUGCUGAGGUCAUGGUUAUUAAGCCUCUUAAAGUUUUCCAUCUAAAGAGCUUAACAUUAACUGUUCAGGCUGAAGAAGUGUCAUCUCUGAAUCAGCAUACAACUGUAACCUUGCAAGUGAACUCGAUGGACGCCAUCUUGUACAGGCAGAAGAUAGACGGAGCCAAGGAAAAGGGCCAAAAUACGGGGGACGAAAAAGGCGGGAGUGAGUCCAGAGGUGCGGGCAAUAAAGGGGGCCGUGUUGCAGGUGAGGGUGACAGAGGAGGAGCUGGUACUGUAGGGGGAGGAGGUACAGGGGACCUAUGGGGCCAGUAUCUCAUGGGCGGAGGGGACGACGACAACCAAAAAGAUCUCACAAGGGCAAGAAUGGAAAACGUGGGUCAUGCCUCCAAAUCAUGGAGCCUCGAAGUGAUAUUGUCAUUGGGUGUCCUUGCCGCCCUCAUUUGGGACCAGACGUAUCGUCUGUAAUUAGCAGAAGGCGGUCUAGGCUGAUGUAUAAAUGUGGUAAGAAACAUGGAUCUCUAGAAACACAGAUCUCCAAAUACACAGAUCUCUAGAAACAAUUGGCCAAAAAUGUAUAUAUUCGAGAUUUUCCUCUGUCUUUUAUGAAUUACUUUACUCUUUGUUUAUUUGUUUAUCGCAUCUAUUAAAGGAACAUUGUCGUUGAUUAAAUCUUCUGUUAACGAAACCUAAAUGUAAUGCUCAUUUAUUGCUAGAAAAAAAAACCUAGAAGCUUUAUCUUAUUACACACAUUAAAACUUA